AUGACACAAUAUGUUAGAACUACUACCCGUUUAACUCCUUUAAAAUUAAUUGUCGUUGGAGACUCUUCAGUUGGAAAAACUUCACUUAUUCAAAUGUUUGCAAACAAUCAAUUUUCAAAUUCAGUAGUUUCAACUGUUGGAAUUGAUUUUUUAACAAAGAGAUAUGAAGUAGAUGGGACUACAUAUAAAGUUCAAAUAUGGGAUACCGCUGGACAAGAAAAGUUUAGAACUAUUAUUAAUAGUUAUUAUCGUGGUGUUCAAGGUGCUGUUUUAAUUUAUGACGUAACAAAUAAAUCUACUUUUGAUGCUAUUAAUUAUUGGGUUAAAAAUGUACAAGAAUUUGGGGAACAGGUAGUAGGUAGAAUUCUUGUUGGUAAUAAAACUGAUUUAGAACAACAUAGAACUGUUUCAACUGAAAUGGGUCAAAGUCUUGCUGAUAAAAUUGGAAUUCCUUUUAUUGAAACAUCUGCUGCUAAAGGUGAAAAUAUUCAAGAGACAUUUACUUGUUUAAUUAAAGAAGUUAUUGAAAAUCAAAAACAACAAACUUCUACUAAAUCUGCUGAACGUGUUAAUGUUACUAAACCAACAACUCCUAAUACACAAGAACAAGCUGGUUGUUGUUAA